GGUAUACACUGUACACUGCUGCUUUGGCAAACAUAGCGAACGUGGUGACAAACUACACCUUCCUUUAUUGGCUGGAUCUCGGUGUUGGGAAUGCUGAGUGAAGAUGAGCUUGCAGCCCAGCAUGCUGUGAUAAUGGUGGCUUUCAUCACCUACAUGUUCCCACUCGGUAUCCAAGCUGCAGCAUGUGCACGAGUCGGGAACGCUCUCGGUGCAGGAGACAGUGCCAGGGCGGUCCUAACCAGCAAGGUGUCCCUCACUCUUGCAGGUAGCUUUGCAGUUAUUGAAGGAGUUGUGCUUGGCUCUACUAAAUCAGUGAUCGGCUUCAUCUUCACCUCUGACGAGAAGAUCAUAGGUCUGGUCUCGCACUUGAUGAAUGCGUACUGCUUCCUGCAGUUCUUUGAUGGUCUUGUGUGUGUGUGCACAGGCAUCUUCUUGGACACAGGCAAACAGAAGAUACCAACUGUGGCUAAUUUCAUUGGAUACUACUGCAUUGGGCUUUCUUUGAGCGUUACUUUAAUGUUUGUUGCCAAACUUAGAGUUUUAGGUUUUUGGCUGGGACUGCUCGUUUGCGUAGUCUUCCAAUCCACUUUCUACAUUACUGUCAUCUUUAAGCUGAAUUUGGAUAAGAUGACAGAGGAGGCUGUGAAACGAGCUCAGAAAACCACAAACUUGUUAUUAUUUGGCACGGCUGGCUCAUCAGACACAGAGGGACCUGCCGUUCAAACAGUGUGCAGUGAGAGAGCAAGUAUUUUCCUUUUCUAUCUAUUUAAUGUCAUGUUUUCAUGCAAGCUUAUGAUCUAUAAGACAACAAAUUAACCAAAGCUGAAUUUGACAACUUCACCCAGUCGGCGGAUGGCUACAUGUCCGUCAGCACGGAGUGCUAUGAUGGGAACACUGAGACAAACUGGUACAUGUGGCCCGGCAGCAGGAAGCUGGCCGUCUCUCCCCCAGCCAGCUCAUCGUCAGACGUGGCCUUGCGAUGUUUGCAGCUCUUACUCUUCUUGCAGUGGGAGCAAGCGUGCACUUCUUUGUGCCCUUGCCAGAGACCCACUCCGCACAGAGAAACCACACUAUAGACCUGAUCAACUCAACACACCCUCCGGAUCAAAGUUUCUCAUAAAGCGUCAGAGUGAACCAAAGAUGAAAGAUUUAUUUUAAUAUGUCAAGCAAAACAGCUGUUAAACCUUCCUCAAUGUAACUCAACUCUUCGACUGUGGCCGGCUGCUUUCAGAGAAUAUCUUGUU